UUUAUGUCAGAACAUUAUGGUGUCGCUUAAUCAAUGUGGCGAGUGGGAGAAGGCUUUGUUGUUGUUCUUUUAAUCUGGCAACAAUGAGCUAAUUUAUAAGUGUCCACUAUUUAUUUUUCUUCCCAUUGAAAAUUGAAACCGGUGAAUCUGGCAUUGAGGGUAUAUUGAAUCGGUUGGAGAAACAAAGAAAUAGUGUUUUAGGACUUGGCUUAAUAGAGAAAGAAGAUGGUGUUUUUAGCGAAAGUAAUGAAGAUAAAGAUGAAUGGGAUCAUAGAACAACAAUGAAUGCAUUAGCUGCUGGCCUUGAAAAUAGUAGUAGAGCGUCCUCAUUGAGCCCUACAAGCACUCAUCUUAGUGGUUCUCGGAUCAAACAUGAUCAGCACGGAUUAGGUUCUGAAAAUUUAAGAAACUCGCUUGAGCCAGAGAUGUGGAGAAGUUGGAUUAUUCAGAGAACUGGUGUUUCGGAUGCAGAUUUUGAAGAUGCUGAAAUUGUUCCUGGUGAAACUCAGAAAGGAGGUAUCAGUGGUGCUUCAGGACAACCUGAUAUCCUCAACGGAAGGGAGUUUUCUUCUGAACUUAUAAACAAAGAAACAGGAUUAUAUUCUCUUGAUGGAAAUGCAAAUAAUAAUGACAUUAAAUCCCGUAUACAGCAUCUGAAAUUGGAGCUAUCUUCUGUUCUUCACUCGUUGAGGUCUAGCACAGAUAUAACUGCAAUGCAGACAGUGAGUGUGAUAAUAUAAUAAACUAGUAAUGGAACUUGUCUGUGAAUUACCCCAACAAAAAGAAAAGAAA